AUGUCCGUUGUCCCGUUGAGUUCACCUUUAUCGUCAUUGGGCAAUAAUGUUAAUGUUAAGAAUGAAAAGGAUUCUUCAAGCGUAUCGUCUCUUCUUUUCGACUAUACAUUAUUAAAUUCAAUCAUUGAAUCAAAUCAAUUUGAAAAAAGUCUUGAACUUUAUUCAUUAAUGUUGAACAGUUGUUUAAAUAAUGAAAAAAAAAUCUCUUUUGAGAUUUUAAUUAAUAAAUUUAUUGAAGAAUAUUCAAAUAUUGAAUUAAAUGAAUUAAAAGAAUUAAUUGAAAUAUUUGAAAAUAAAUAUAUUCAUUCAUUUAUUAAUACAUAUGAUUUAAUUAUUCAAGAUCAUUAUCAAGAUAAAAUAUCUUCAUCAAAUGUAACAUUUCAUUUAUCUGAUGAUGAAAAUUCAUUAAAAAAAGAUCAUGAUAAAGAAAAAGAUGAAGAAAUUAGUCCAAUAUCAAUGUUAUGUUCAUCGAAAUUAAUUGAUGAAGAAAAAGAAAAUUCGAAUUAUGCAUCAAAAUUAGUUGAAUAUAAUGUUAGUCGUUUAAAAAUAGUUCGUUUAGAAAAACGUCAAGGUGAACCAUUAGGUGCAACAAUAUCUCGUUUAACAGAUAAUGAUUAUCGAAUAUCAAUAGCUCGAAUUGUUCAUGGAAGUAUUGCACAAGGACUUUUUUCAAUAGGUGAUCAAUUACUUGAAAUAAAUAAUAUUUGUUUACAAUCUCAAUAUCGUACACUUGAUGAUAUUGUUCAAUUAAUUGAUUCUCUUCAUGGAACUAUUUCAUUUCUUAUUUUACCAACAUCAGAACAAAUACAUCAUGGAAUACAUAAUCAAGCUUUUUAUCAUAAUCAAGAUGAUUGUUCAUCAAUAUAUGUUCGAGCAUUAUUUUCUUAUGAUCCAUAUGAUGAUAUGUAUAUACCAUGUCGAGAAUUAGGUCUUUAUUUUGAAAAAGAUUCAAUAUUACAUAUUGUUAAUCGUGAUGAUCCAUCAUGGUGGCAAGCAUUUAUUAUGGAAAAUGAUAAAAAUAAUAAAAAACAACAAUUACCUGGUCUUAUACCAUCAAAACAAUUUCAAGAAAAACGUUUUAAAAUAGUUAAAUGUUUGUUAGAUGAAGAAACAACUCAUUCAAAAAAAAAAUUUAAAGAUAAAUUUAAUAAAUCAAUAAGUCAACAAUCAACAAGACAAAAAAUAUUGACUACAUUCAGUUUUAGUAUAUAUGAACCAGUUGAAUGGUAUAUACCAAAUGAAUCCCGUAAACGACCAAUUGUUUUAAUUGGAGCUCCACAUAUAGGUCGACAUGAAUUACGACAACGUUUAAUGAAUUCUUCACAAUUAUCAUCAUUAAUUGAUGUUGCUGUACCACAUACAACAAGAUUAAAAAAAUCCGAUGAAAUUGAUGGACGUGAUUAUCAUUUUAUAACACGUGAACAAUUUGAAAAAGAUAUUUCAAAUGAUUUAUUUGUUGAACAUGGUGAAUAUGAAAAAAAUCUUUAUGGAACAUCAAAAUCAGCUAUUGAAAUAUGUUGUCAUAGAUUAAAUAAAAUUUGUAUUCUUAAUUUAUUAUCUGAAGGACUUGAUUCAUUAAAAUAUUCAAAUAUAUUACCUUUUGUUAUUUAUUUAAAAUGUCCAUCAAAUAUUGAAAAAUUACGAGAAUAUUUUUAUGUUAGUGAACAACAAUGGAUUGAUAUUGAAGAUAAAUCUCGUCUUAUUGAACAAAAUUAUUCACAUUUAUUUGAUAAAACAAUUUAUUUAAGUGAUUCAUUUGAUUAUGUUUUUUCUCAAUUAAAAUUUUUAGUUAAAGAUGUACAAACAAGACCUAUGUGGGUUAAUCAAUGUUGGUUUUCUCCUAGAGAACGUUUUUAA